ACCAUUAAACAGGUUUUCCUAAACUCACCAGGUUACUCUCUGUAUCUCUCCCUCAAUCUCUCAGACUCACUCUCUCUGUAUCUCACCCAACAUCAUGAUCAAUCAACUACCAAUGGUAAUUUGAAAUAAUCAACUUUUCCAUUUCAAAUGAAACCAUCUCAUCAUGUUUACUCGAUUCAGUUUAAACCAGAUUAACUUUCAAUCUAGUUUCUGAGUUUUUCAUCUUUCCAAAUAAAAUCAACAUUUUCUUUAAAUAAUUGAAUCUCUUUUUUGCUUUACUGCUUAUUAAACCAAAAAAAACAAUCAACUUUUACUCAAUAUUGUUAAGUUUUUUUAACGCAGUUAGUCGUCAAGUAGUCAAGUUGAAAACAUUUAAUGUUCCAGUUUUUAAGGGCAAAAUUAAAGUACAAAUUGUUUUCUAGAGCAACUCUUGAUUUACCCGUUUGGCCUGCAAAACCAUUGUCCAUUUGCAAUGUCCUUUGAUCAAGCUGAUUGUGAUUGUGACAACAACAAUAUCGAUACAUUUGACACUCUUGGAAGUGAUCCAUUUGCAAUCAAAGGAAAUCACGUUCACAGUGAAGAUGAUAUAAUCUAUGAUGGACUCAAUGAGAACAACAAUGUUGUCCUGAUUGAUAGUUCAUCCAAAUUGAAUCCAAAAGAAACCUUUUUCGCCGAUGUAAGUCAACUUUUCAGUCAAUUGGAUUCUCACUUGAAAUCAAUCUCGGUCAAUGAUAAAGAACUGGAAUCUCUUUUAAUCUCACUGGAAGUAGGGUUCAAUCAAAUGUUGUCCAUCUCAUCUCAUUAUGAGUUUAAAAAUUUACCUGCCAAUGGUUAUAUAACAUAUUGUGUGCUGGUUAGAUCCUGGUUAACCAAAUGCAUGCGACAACCUAAAGAGGGUCGAGAUUCGUACAAAAAUGACUACAUUGUUGACUUUAAAAUAGUGAUUAAAGGAUUUCUCUUAGUUCGUGAUCUUCUCAUGCAUUUCCACCAAACUCAACUAAACACUAGCCAAAGUAAAGAGGAAAAAAGUACCGACAGCUCAGAUGGUGAAACAGUAAACAAAAGUCUUCCAAUUUUUUCAGCUGAUAUCGAUGAGACAAUCUUUCAACUUGAAAAUUUCUUCGACUCAACUCAAUUCCAAGAAGCAUUGACCCGUUCAUUCAACCUAUUCUGGUUGUCUCCUCGAACUCGGUCCAUUUUGAAACUCUACCAGAAAGGUGCUUCUUGGACUUACGUCAACUUUAUCAAGUCGUGGAGAGUUUUGACUAAUAAACGUUAUCGAUCAAAGACAUUUAUUAAAUUUGCCAAUCGAGCCAACCUUGGAUUCCCAGUCGAUAUGGCCACCAUAAUUGAUGGACAUUUGGCUCGUAAAGUGUUUCGUAAUUUAUUCUUUCGCCAUGCUGAUGCAGUUGGAACCAACUUUUGGAUUCCUGGUCAGGGUCGUUGGAUUAUACCCAAGUCAGGACCAGGAAUCGACGAACAUAAUCCACCACUUUGUGAAAGGCCCAUGAUUCGAUGUCGACUGAUACGACAUCGAGAUAAACCAUUAAAUUCAGAUGUUCUUAUAUUCCAUUGUCAUGGAAGCGGUUUCAUCCUUUCAAGUCCCGAUAUUCACGAUGCUUACCUCAAACCAUGGGUUGCUAGACUUGAUGGUGUUUCAGUAUUGAGUGUUGACUACAGUUUAAUGGCUACUUAUCCUCGUCAAUUUCAAGAUGUUUUGGAUGCUUACCUUUGGGUUACUUCUGGUGAUGAAUCGGUUAAGGAAAAGAUUGGCUUUCAUCCGAAGAAAAUAGUUCUCAUUGGAGACUCAGCGGGUUCCAUGUUGGCCAUUGCAGUUCCUCUUUUGUUGAACGUAAUUUCAGCUAAAAACGAUCCAUCAGUGACGAUACUUAAGCCAGCUGCAUUUGUAUCUUUUUAUGGUACAUUCAAUUUAACCGGUGCUUGGGCAAGUUCACGCGUAAUGACCCUCUUUGAUCCGAUUCUUCAUUAUGGAAAUGUGCUGGCCGUUGCUGGCUGUCUAAGUGGUAUUCAGGGUCGAAUUGAUGAUCCAAAGGACAGGCCGAAGAACCGUCUCAUGAAAAUGUCUUCGUUCAUUGCUGAGGAUAUCAGAUUAAUGAAACGAGCCUUAAAACCUCGUGAUAUCGAGCCUUGGUAUCUUAAAGAUGGCAAAAUUGAUUCAGCGAGAUUUCAUCAACUUUUCAAUAUACUUCAAUCUCCAUAUUUGAAUGUUCCAACUUUCCAUGACUUCGAUUACCUGAAAGACAUGCCGAUUUGUUUGAUAUCAUCCUUUGGUUGCAUCUUUCUUGAUGAUAAUAUUGCACUUGCACGCGCCUGGAAAGGACCAGUUGAGGUUCACGUAUUGGAAGGCCAAGUCCAUGGAUUCCUGUUCAUGUCACACGAAAAGACUGCCAUAGAGUUUUCAGCUAACAAAGUGGUUGAAAUUGUCAACCGAGUUGUUAAACAAACCAAUUGACAAAACACUGAAUUUGCUUUUCAUAAUUUGAUCUGAUUUUUAUUCAACUUCCAAAUGUAAAUUAACUUUUUUGAUGCGGAAAUUUCUAUUCUUAUAAUCUUUCACCCAAAUAAAUUGCUCAAGAAUCUUUGUAAUCCAUCUGUAAAUCAUUAUAUAAUACACAAGAGCGAAUAAACUAUUACAUCGAAUGGCGAAUGAA